GGCCACAAGGGGCCCCUGUUGGCUCUGUGGGCAGUGAGAGUCUGUGAGGACGGGGACCGUGUAACAAGAGUCCAGACCAAACCAUUCCAGCUCAGGAGCAGAGCGCAAGAGGCAGACACGGAGGAGCGCGCGAUGGAGCCGGUGCCUCUGCUGCUUGUCCUGCUCGCGUGUGGCCCUUUGAGCUGGGCGCUUUACAUGGGGCCCCUGCAGCCCGAGAUUACCAACGGGACCUUCCACCACUUCUUUGUCCCUGACGGAGACUACGAGGAAACCGAGGACCCGGAGCUCUGCCAGAUGCUUUUUAAGUUUUCAGACGUGUCCCCGUGCGCCGCCGCACAACACGAGGACACCGCGGUGCGCGACGACUUCAUCAUCACUAAACUCCAGGCUGAAGACUCCGCGCGCCUCUUGGAGAGCAUCGGGCGCACGAUUACGCACGACCUGGACGGUGAGGACAGUUACGGCAAUUUCCUCCGGAAGGAGAUCUCCCAAAUCAGUGAAGCCUUCUCCGGGGUGGACAAGUCUUUGCUGGAGCUGGAAGUAAAGUUCAAACAGAGUCAAGACACAGAGCUGCGCGAGGAGCAGCAGCUCAACGCACACGUGCUCAAGCAAGUGGGGGACAUCAAGGACACUUUGCGAGAGACCACGGACAUCUCUCAGGGACUCAAGGACAAGCACGAGCUGCUGUCCCUUAUCGUGCGCAGUCAUGGCACGAGACUGAGCCGCCUCAAAACUGAGUAUCUGAACACAGGCUCCUAAGAACUGACAGACGAUUCAGAUCAACAUAUCUCUUUAAUUUGCCAAAGUGAUACUUGGAUGCACAGGACUGAAUCAAUAUGAAUUAAAUUAAGUUAAGUUAAUGAAGGAAACGCUUGCACAGCUAAUACAAACUAGCCAUUCAAUAUCUCCUUAUUUUUAAGGCCAGCCACAGCACCUUAAACAAGGACUAGGUUGGUUUCAUGUUCCCACCCUCCUUUUGUUUUUGUUGUUUUAUGGAGUCACUGGGGCGUGCAGCUGCUGGUGUGACCCUUUGUGUGGCUGUGUGUAAUUGGUGUCAGGAGCCAGCCAGUCUUGUCACUCUUUGUUUAUUUUAUUUUGUUCAUGUGGAUUAUUAAAAUAUGAUGUCAUUUUUAAUCUUCAUAAAGAGAACCAUGCUAAUCUAGAUGCAAAGUCCCCAUGCAGACAUCUUUUAUUUCCUCAUGUCAUUCUGUCAUGUUUACAUGAUCUCAAAUGUCUGGGCUGACAGUACUUUGGAUGCUCAUCCCUCUGAUGGUUUUUCAUCUCCAUUUGUGUCAGCAAAAUCCUCUCUGAGACACCGGAGGUUUAUGGCGCCGGCUUGUUUUGAAUUCCUGAAAAGCAGCGCUGUGGGGCCUCCACAUCACCAUCUACUGUCAGGCUGUUUUCACUUACACACUGUAUUUAAUAUUUUAAAGCCAGUUAGUGGUAUUUCUUUCCACAUAACUACUGUUUAAAAUGCUCUUGUCUGUAGCUUGAGCUCAACGCUGUGCCCACUUCUGACAGAGAUAAUGUGCUCACAUG